CCCCCCUCAGCCUCUCAUUUUCCUCCCCCUUCUCCUCCUCUUGCUCCCUUUGCAUUGCUCUCUAAGCUUUGCUUCUUCUAUACUCUCUUCCUCUCCUUUGGCCUUACCCUUCAUUGAUCUCUUCCCUUGUUGGUUUUCUGAUUGAAAUGGAGUACGAGUAUGAGAACCGCUUCAGACAACAGGCUGAGAGAUCAAAAUAUGAUUGCCUUCUCUUUGAUUUGGAUGAUACUUUGUAUCCCCUCAGAUCUGGUCUUGCAAACGGAGUUCUCCAUAACAUCAAAGGUUACAUGGUGGAGAAGCUUGGCAUAGAACCAAGCAAAAUUGAUGACUUGUGCAACCUGCUUUACAAGAAUUAUGGAACUACCAUGGCUGGAAUGAGGGCAAUUGGGUAUGACUUUGACUAUGAUGAAUAUCACAGUUAUGUUCAUGGGAGAUUACCUUAUGAGAACUUGAAACCUGAUCCAGUUCUGAGGAACCUGUUGCUGAGCCUGCCCUAUAGGAAACUUAUCUUCACAAAUGGAGACAAAGUUCAUGCUGUUAAGGUACUUAGCAGGCUUGGAUUAGAGGACUGCUUUGAAGGAAUCAUCUGCUUUGAGACACUGAAUCCAAUCCACAAGAGCAGUGUUUCUGAUGAUGAAGAUGACAUUGAGUUUUUUGGUUCAAGGAGCACUAAUCCAACUACUACUACAAGCAGCUCUGAAAUCUUUGACAUCAUAGGGCAUUUUGCUCAGCCUAACCCCACUGCUGUGUUGCCAAAGACACCAAUUAUCUGCAAACCACAAGAACAUGCCAUUGAAUUGGCUCUCAAGAUAGCCAACCUUAACCCACAAAGAACUUUGUUCUUUGAGGACAGUGUCCGCAACAUACAAGCUGGGAAACGUGUGGGUCUUCACACAGUGCUGGUUGGCACAUCACAGAGAGUGAAAGGUGCUGAUUAUGCAUUGGAAAGCAUUCACAACCUUAGGGAAGCAGUGCCUGAACUGUGGGAAGAUCAUGACAUUAAAAAAUCUGAAGUUGCAUACCCUGCUGGGAAGAUAGCUGUGGAAACACCAGUCACAGCUUGAAGCACCUUUGAUAUUAUUCAUUGAUGAUUUAAAAAAAAAGAAGAAAAAAAAAGUAGCCAACAUGGAAGUCUUUAAUGUAGUUGAUUUAGAGGGCCUUUUGUAAGUUUAAUAAAGUUAAUUAAUAUAUAAAAUAAUCUCCUUGUUGGCUUUCAAUGAAGAAUGUGUUCAUCUAA